AUGUCCGACGAUCUCUGGAUUUCUUUGGUCUCUGCGAUUGAUCCCACCCCCAACCCCGACGCCAUGCCUGCCGUCCUCCAGUCUACCAUCCACCUCCUCGAGUCCGAGCUGGUCAAGGCUCGCGCCGCGCUCCAGGAAAUCCACCCCCAUGCGCCCCUUCUGCGCAUCCGCGACGAGGUCGCCGUCGGCGCCAUGGCCGUCUACCGCCAGAAUCUCAUCGGCCGCGCCCCCGACUUCUAUGGCUCCCGUCGAUUGACUCGGAAAGAACUGGGCCUGGAGCCAAUCGUCCGAGAACUACCAGCACAGGAGGUAAUCAUCACAGAGCCAGCGCCUAUCGUGCAAACGAAGCCGGCGCCGACACGACGUGCGCCGCUGGAGCAGAUGCUCACCAACAGCUUAAUUCUCGACCAUAUGGCGCCUUAUCUCGCCACGCCGUCGCUCAUGGCUUUGGCCUCGACCUCGCGACUACUAUACAAUAUGAUUAUAGGCACUCCCUAUGUGUUCAGGCACUUAGACUUGACCCGCUGCCGAGGCGCCCAGCUGCCCACCAAAUUGUCCCAGAAGGAAGAAAUGCAGACGGAAGAUGAGAUAUACUGCGCGCCGUUACGACACAUCUUUGCCAGCCUAGACAAAAGGUCCAUCCUGCAAGAUGUGCGCACACUGGUCUUGGACGGCCUUCCAGUGCCGGCCGAUCUCGUGGCCGACAUCAUCUUGACCGACCGUUUCAAUGUCAACAUUCUGUCCAUUCGCGAGUGCCGCCACCUCAACGAGCGCAAACUUAUGCAGGUCAUCCAGCAUGCCGUCCGUCCCACCCGCCCGGAAGGAACCCCCAAAGUCAAGGGCAUCUAUCACUUCUCUUCGAUGCACACGCCGCCACGCGCCGCAGUGCGACCUCGAUACCGUGACUGGUGGGGAUCUCGGGUGGGCAGCUCACGGAGCCCCAGCGAAACCCCGUCCAUCAGCUCUUCAGAUAAUGAAGAAGACAACGCUCCCGUCCCUCGACGCUACCAGCAAAAUGAAUGGUACAGCCCAUCUGGCAAGCUCUUCAAGCACAGUCUGGAAGAGGGCUGGGCGCAGACCAUUCAGAAAUGCGAGGGCAUUAUUGCCUUUGACGCGGCGCUAUGCCACGGGCCGCGCCAUGAUGUUAACCUCUACUCGAAUGCAGACGAGGAAAAUCCAGCUCCAGAGGCUCCCCUGCUCGGCCCCGCCAUCGCCACUGUGGCCCUGGGCCCACGCGGAUGUGAUGGAUGUCAUAGCUCGCCCGAGGGGCCGUCGAUCUGGGGCCAGUCCCCCGAUGUCCAGUUCCCCCUCCUGAGUCCCGUGCCGUUGCACCUGUCCAGUGUUGCAGCAGCCAAGCGCCCCGAGUUGAUCCCCGGCGAGCACCCGGUCCUGAUCGCACGAUGUACAGACUGCUUGGCCGAUCGCUGGUGUCACCGGUGCAACAAGUGGUUCUGCUGGAACUGCCUACCGCACCCGCGGCAUGUUGCCGUGAAUCUCACGCCGCAUCAGACUGCGGUUCGCCCGCCGCAUCAUCUCCACGAGCCUUCCCAGGCUGAUCGAGAGCGACUCGAGCGAGGCGUGAGCAAAGACUGUUGGGAGUGUGGCCCGACUUGUGCCUCAUGCAAGCGGGACUCUCAGCGCACCUGCCGGGGCUGUCGGGGUGAUUAUUGUAUCGAGCAUAAUGAGGGGUGCUCCGCGACCAUGUGCGACUGGUGCAAUACCAGUUCCCGCCACCGGAUGCGGAAUUUCCAUUAA